CCCACACUCACCACUACCAGCACCACUAGCUAAUCACCUAACCCCCUAACUUCUCAUCCCCUCCCUUCACCUCUCUCUACUGUUACCAUGGCAACAGCUGCCACUGCCUCUUCAUCAUCCUCAUCAUCACCUAGUGGCAGUGCCAGGGAACACCUGCUGGCGGUGCGUCGACGCACUCCACAUGCCCGACCCUACACGAUCGGGCCUGACAGCGUCUGCAGCUUGUCAGUGCAGGAACCAAUCGGAGCCUCGGCCUCCUCUACAAUGUCAUCAGGGAAUCAGCCAGAAACAGGACUGGGGCUUCAGCGGGCCAAUAGUGACACAGACCUGGUGACUUCAGAAAGUCGGUCAUCGCUCACAGCUUCUACAUACCAGGUGACUCUGGGUCACAGCCACCUGGUGAUCUCCUGGGACAUAAAGGAGGAAGUGGAUGCAACUGACUGGAUCGGCUUAUACCACAUUGAUGAGAACUGUGUGGCCAAUGUGUGGGAAUCCAAGAACCGCGGUGUGAACGGCACCCAGAGAGGACAGAUUGUGUGGAGACUGGAGCCGGGACCCUAUUUUAUGGAGCGUGAGGGGCGAAGGCCAGGUGGAGGAGCAGUCAGAGUAUGAGCACUGUCGGAAACUUGUCAGCUUCACCCUGUCAGACUUCCGAGCAGUGAACCUAAAGAAAGGGAUGUUCUUCAACCCGGACCCCUACCUGAAAAUGUCGAUCCAGCCCGGGAAGAGGAGCGGCCUCCCAAAGUUUACCCACCAUGGCCAGGAGAGACGCUCCUCCAUCAUAUCCAACACCAUCAGCCCUGUUUGGCUUGGGGAGAAAUAUACAUUUGUGGCUUUGAUAACUGAUGUGCUGGAGAUUGAGGUGAAGGACAAGUUUGCCAAGAGCCGGCCAAUCAUCAAGCGCUUCCUGGGCCAGCUGAUCAUCCCCAUCCGGAGACUUCUGGAACGGCCAGCUGCUGAUGAUCAGACAGUCAGCUACAGCCUGUGUCGUCGUCUUCCUAUGGACCAUGUGAGCGGGCAGCUUAUGUUCAGAGUGGACAUCACUUCAGCUGGACAAGAAGAAGCUUCGCCAGACCCUCUGGGAACGAUCCUGGGUGGUGUGAUGAAUGGUGACCCUGGGAGUCCCUCCGACGACGAAGAUCUCCAUCAGCUCUCCUCGUCUUUAGGUGCUACAUGUGGACCUUCUCGCAUUGGUUCUGAUGAGGGCUCCUUAUAUGUUAAUGGUUCAUGUUACUAUGGCGAUGACAGUGUGUGGCAGGAGCCUGGGCAAGUGGGAGAGGUGAAUCUGCUUCCUGUGGCUCUUGGCAGCUUCACCCAAAGGCAGGUGUCACUUAAUGACUACCUAGAUUCCCUCGAAGGUCCCAGGAGCAUUGGGGACCGACCUGCAGCAGGGCCAUUACCAAAGCUCAGCUCCAGCUUUCCCACAGACACACGGCUCAGUGCCAUGCUACACAUUGACUCAGAUGAGGAUGAGGAAGGAGCUGGGCAGCACUGGGAUCAAUCGCUGGAAACAAAGACACAGCAGAAUACCAACUCAGCUACACCUGAGUCUCCACAGGGGAGCAGUGGUUCAAAAGGCGAGUCACAGGGCUCAUGUGAGGCAGGGCCUGGAGUUCAGGCCACGGGAGAGGCAGGUUCUUCUGCUGGUGCUCAGUCUGGAGCCAACACUGCAGGGCCUGAAGCUGGAGCAGGAGCACAAGAAGGUGCUGCUGCACUCCCAAUACAGACACGACAAUCAGCAGAUAGAAUUGAAGAAGCUGCCAGAACAAUGGCUGCACAGGUUGUUGGAGAAACUGCUGCAGCUUCCAACUCAUCUCAGGUAUCAAGGGCUGAGGCAGCUGAAGUCAGAUCUGGAGAAUCUCCAGGGGAAUGUCCAAGUCAGGAGCACAGCAUCAGGACUGGGAAAAACCCAGAAGUACACUGCAAUCCCGCACUUGGUCCUCUUUCACCCAUUCAGGAAGUGAGAACAAGAAAAGCAGUUGUUCCAAAGGCAGAGGAGGAACCGGGGGAGCCAUCAAGCAGUGAGGCAAAUGGGCCAGCACCACCUUCGCUAUCCACCUGCAUGGCUGAGCAAGGAAGAAGCAUGACAUCUAAAGCUGGUGCCACAGAACAGGUCAAUGGCCACCAGUCCGUUCACUCCCUGCCAUCUGUUCGCCAUGACAUCAGUCGCUACCAGAGAGUAGAUGAACCACUGCCCCCUGAUUGGGAGGCUCGCAUAGACAGCCAUGGUCGCAUUUUCUAUGUGGACCACGUGAACAGAACAACAACAUGGCAACGUCCAACCGCACCCCCGGCCCCACAAACUCUUCAGAGGUCUAACUCCAUACAGCAGAUGGAACAGCUAAAUCGCAGGUAUCAAAGUAUACGUAGGACAAUGACCAACGACAGUAGACCAGAAGAGCAGCUACCCAAUGAGCUUUCAGCUGAUGAGACUGAUAUGCAACCCUCAUUCCCAGAGCUACGUAGGGACAGCAAUUUGCCACAGUCCAGUCCCAGGUCUCGCCUAACCCUGCUGCUUCAGUCCCCUAGCGCCAAGUUCCUCACCAGCCCUGAAUUCUUCACUGUGCUGCAUUCCAACCCU